AUGCUUCGCGUUCUGCACCCCGAGUCCCGCUUUGGUGGGGACCACUACCGCGAAUCCGUGGUGGGAAAGGACCUCUUCACCCCGCUGCUCGACUACGGUCUUAAGCCCUUCACCACCCCCGAGCCAUUGGCCUUCUCAGACGCUCAAAAGCCCUCCAUCGUUAGCUCUUCGCCUCCAGCUGCUCCCGACGCUAUGGACUUCCACGACGAUCACAGAGCCAGCAACUCCAGGACCCUGAUGCCUAUCCGCUCCACUUCCUACAUGUCGCCCCAGAGCCAGACCAGCUCCAGCAAUGGCUCCUACUCUCUCGCCCCUUCGAUGCGCCACGACAGCUCGUUUCCCUCGCCCUACAGCGACUCACCAGUGCAUUCUAAUUCUUCUUACUUUCCCCCGAGCCAUCAGACUCCCAAGAGUCUGGGCAUGGUCAAGCUGCCAGGCGCCCUCCCGAGCCAUGCCGUCGCCCACCGCUAUACCAGCGGGAGCUACCCCGAAUCUCAGACCAGCGACAGCGACCGUGUCAGCCUAACAAGGGCGACCAGCGCUUCGCCCGUCGCGCCCAACGUCAACUCUAUUCCCCCCGUUCCGUCUAAUCUUAAUGCCAACAUGCAGCCGACAUGGCACGGCUUCGUCCACACCACCCAGGACGCUUUAACCAUCAUCGAGGCGUGUCUCAAUGGCACUCUCGUUCACUGCCCGCGCCGCCCGCACGACAGGGAGAGGGCUUCUCUCAUCCGGAGCGGUUCCGUCUUUGUCUACGAGGAGUCGACUUCGGGCAUCAAGCGAUGGACUGAUGGUCUGUCUUGGAGCCCGAGCCGUAUCAUGGGCAACUUCCUCGUAUAUCGCGAGCUUGAGCGCCCCUUCCCGCCUGGCGAGAAGAAGCGGGCGAACCGCCAGCGUAACAAGAGCGCUCGCACCGAGCCUUAUGCUCGCUCCGGCGGCCCUGGCCACUAUGGCGACGAGCCUCCGUACGAAAUCCCCGAUUCCAAGGACCGCAAGAUCACCGGUUCGCUCGUCGACUCGUAUGACUUCAAGCGCGGCGGUCUUCUCAAGAGGACGCUCAGCGUCACUGUGAACGGCUGCACGCAUCACUUGAUCGCAUACUACACCAUCGAGGAUGCCAAGGACCAGUCCACUCUGUUCAGGCCGGGUCACGACCAUCGCCUAGCGAACUGCCAUCCUCGCAAGGAGCUGAUCACUGAUCAAAAGUUCCGAAGCCCCAUUCAGGACCCUGACGAUGUCCUCCCGUACCCAUCCUACCUCUCGAUGCAGGGAAUGACCGGCCCCAUUGGUUCGUACGCCUCGCAGUACCACCCUCACCAGCCGUAUCAGCCCGUCAUGCACGGCAUGUCGGGAGGCAUGCACCCGGGGUACCACACCUCUUCCCAGUCGAUGGCCAGCCUGCACGCAUCAGCAAGCAGCGGUCCGGGCUACUCUGCACUCCCCGCCAGCUCAUCGAGUCCCUCGGGUGUGUUUGGGGGCAUGCUGCCCGGAAACAGGCAUUCCCAAGGCCUGGUCAGCCCGUUGAGCAGUCUGCACUUGGGACAGGCGCCCGGGCAUCAGCCUCGGUCUGGAUUUGAAAAUGUCCCCUCGGAUAUGCAAGGGUCAGUCUCCCUCGACUACCAGCCGUACCCACAUGAGACCUCAUACACUACGGCAGCGGGCUCAACUUUCAACCAGAACUUUGGCUUUGAACAGCCAAACCAUGGUAUGUCGAGCCAGCCUCAGUAUCACGGCAGCAUCAGCGAGAUGAGCGAGGACUCGCAAGUCUCCCCGGACCACAUGUUCGGGGAGGGCCCAGUCCAAUCGGGUGGAGGGUACCCGUGCUACUCCAGCUCCGAGACGCAGCACUCGCGGCACGACACGUUGAGCGCCUUUGACGACAAGGCGCCACACUUUUCGAACAACUUCAGCUGA